AUGCUUCUCCCACUCGCACCAGGGAGCUGCCGCCCGCGGGGUGCUCACACCUCCCGCCCUGGGCAGCGUUCCCCCCGCCGGAUGCAUGGCACCGGCAGCAUCCAUACGUGGUGCGGGGGUUGGAUCCGGGGCAGAGGAGCCCCCGCCUGCCCCUGUCUUUGCUUCCCUGCCCGGGGGAGCAGGGCCAGGGCCAGACCCCAGCCAGCGCUCGGCAGGGCGAGGAGCGCGGCCGUGUCCCAUGGGAAGCCUGGCAGAGGGAGCACCAGGGAAGGGCCGUCCCCAAGGGGCAUUGGGGCAGAGCCAGCCCCCGCUGCCACCUCUGUGCAAGGCGCCGUGCAAACACGCGGCCACGGCACCUGUCCCCAGGGCAAGCCCGGAGGGAGGGCGCAGGGCACGACCAAGCUGGGAGGCUGCCUCCAGCCGGGCCUUGGGUGCAUGGCUGUGGGGCUGGGUGCGUGCCCGUGGGGCCGGGUGCGUGCCCGGGGCUCUGGCCUGGGGGAUGGGGCGGGCUGGGGUGGGUGGAGGGUGCUCACCGGGACCAGUUGGCAGCAGCCUCCAUGCCUUGAGGCUGUGCUCGCUGGAGCCGAGGCCGGGCUCUGCCUGACCACUGGGUACUGCCCGGGUACAGCGGGUGCCGGCUGGGGCCGAGCUGCUUCCCCAGGGCUUGGCUGCUCCCCUGUCCUCCCUGGGAGGCUGCGGGUCUCAUCCUGCAGCUUGGAGGAUGCCUCCCAGGCACCUUCCCCAGCGCAGCUGCUAAGGGGGAGGCCCCUGCCCCUGUCCUGGGCUGAGCCCUGCUCCGUCCCGGGGCCAAGUCUGCUCCCUCCAGCCCCAGCCGCAGCCCCUGCCCGAGGGACGUGGCCGGAGCUCCACCAAGCCCAGGUCCCGCUCCCGCCACCCCGUCCACACCGAGCCGCUGGCCCUGGCCGCCGGCCGGCACCGUCCUGGGAGGCAGCUGCUACCCCGAGGCCAACCCGGGACUCACCUGCUGACGGCAGAGGAAGGUGCACGUCCACGAGGGGCAGGGAGGGAGGCAGGGAGGGAUGCGAACAGCCCCUCGGGGCCUUGCUUUAUGCCAGAGUAAUAUAUACGUGUAUGUUGACAAUACAGGAAGGGCUAUAAAGGUGUUUUUCGUUUUGUAGGUGGUAGUUAGACAAUUACACUGUUGCUUUGAGAUAAGUGAAAAAUUCCUCUAAAUGACUAAGUGCCUGCACUUCCCCGCGGCUGCUCCUGGGCGCGGGGACGGGGUCCCGGCAGCGGGGGCGGCGGAUGGGGCGCUGCUCUGCCCCCGCCGUCGGCGUUGUCGCCGCCUCGGCCGGAGCCGGCCGGGGAGCGGUGCUGGACCCCCGGGAGGGCCGGGGAGGCCUCAAGGAGCCCCCCCGGGGCGCGCUGCCAGCGGGGGCUGCGGGCUGGAGCCGGGGCCGGCGGCGCUGCUCGCGGUGGCGGAGACCUGCGGAUGCUUUCUGGAGAAGGGCUUGGAGAUCCACUGAGCGGCAACUGUUGACGCGUCUGCCAACUCUUGAUUUUUUUUUUUUUGUCAUUUCAUAAAACUUUUAAAUCCAAUAAAGCAUGUAGUAUAUUUUA